GUAAAAAAAAAAAAACAGAAGGAAAAAGGGAAAUAUGGCUAGUUCUGUGACCAUCGCUGCAUCGAUGACGAUCAUGCUCUUGCUGUUACUAUCGACUUCCAUUGGGAGCGCGAAAGGUGAGACGGACUGCAACCGUGUGGCCGACAAUCUGCAUCACUAUGUACACGAAAAUUGUCGGGACGGCCCGACAUCAAUGUGUGGCGCUUACUGCUUUAAGGAUAGCGGCGGCGCUUGCAACGGAAAAUGCCAUGAUCGAAAGUGCAGUUGCUUUCCCACAUGCGACAUUAUAAGUAAAACGCUGGUUGCAUAUUUUUGGCCGGAUGACGGAUACGGCUACAGAAUGUGCGACAUUGAAUGUCGGGGACAAACAGGGUCGGAACAAAGCUGCUUCAAGGAUUGUGCAGAGAAGGUUUGUGAUGCAGCUUGCGGGGCGGAAAGCUUAGGGUACUGCAAGGGAAGAAGAGCUAACGAUGUUAGCUGUCAGUGCUUCCGGCCCUGAUGGAGAAUUCAUGCUCCGAUCCAAAUAUGGAUAUUCUAUCUCUUUCAGAAAGUGGGACAUGUUCAUGUUCUGAUUUUCCGGUUUUUUUUUUUCUUCGAAUUUCCGAAUAAAAAUGAUGCGAAUGAUACGUAUCGUGUGUGUGGAUGGGUACGUCCGCCAUGUUUGUCCUUUGGAGUUGUCUUUCAUGUGUGUUGUGAUUUGAUCUUUUCCCUGGUUGUAUUUCAUAUUUCUGUGUUGUUUGAAUCUGAAAUCUGAUGAAUAAUUUAUACGGUUCC